UUUGAGUCUCUCCCUUAUGCAUUAUAUGACCUGAUCAAACAAGACUUAUUACCUCUUGUGUUUCGUUAACCAAUGGCUCAAAGAUUGCAUCUUCUACUCUCUAUAAUCUUGUUUGUUAAUUUGAUUCGCUUUUCAAAUCAACAAGACUUAAGUUUCGUCUACAACGGCUUUAACCAAGGCGAAGGCGGUCUUCUCCUUGACGGUCUUGCAAAAAUCCAACUCCCAGGUGGACUGUUGCAGCUAACCGAUGCCACGGCUCGGCAAAAGGGUCAUGCUUUCUUCAACCGUCCGUUCGAUUUUGGUUCAGCUUCUUCAUCACAGUCUCUAUCUUUCUGGACUCAUUUCGUUUGCGCUUUAGUCCCUAAACCAGGAGCUGACGGUGGUCACGGGAUUGCCUUUGUUCUAUCCUCUUCAAAGGAUCUCACACAAGCAGACCCGACUCAAUACUUAGGACUCUUCAACAUCUCAACUAAUGGGUCUCCUUCUUCUCAGAUUCUAGCUAUCGAGCUCGACACCGUCGAAAGCGCAGAGUUUGACGACAUCGACAAAAACCAUGUCGGUAUAGACGAAAACAAUCUCCACUCUGUUGUGUCUGCUCCAGCAUCUUAUUAUUCCGACAGAGAAGGAACGAACAAAAGCUUGACAUUCUUGAGUGGAGAUCCAAUCCAGGUGUGGAUUGACUACGAAGAUACUCUACUCAAUGUUACAUUAGCUCCUCUAAGAAACCAGAAGCCAAGUAAGCCUCUUUUGUCAAGAAACAUCAAUCUCACAUCAGUUUUCCCGGAUCGAAAAGCAUUUGUCGGGUUCUCUGCAGCAACUGGGUCACUGAUCAGUUACCAGUACAUCUUAGGAUGGAGUUUCAGCACAAGCAGAGUUUCAUUACAGAGCCUUGACUUCUCUAAACUUCCCACGGUCCCUCGUCCCAAGAUACCGAAGAAAACAUCUUCUCUGCUUAUUAUUCUACUGGUUAUACUCGGACUCCUAGUAAUGGCUGUUCUUGUAGGAGUUUGUGUGUACAAGAGAAAGAAGUAUGCAGAAGUCAAAGAGCCAUGGGAAAAGCCAUACGGUCCACUUCGCUAUACCUACAAGUCUUUAUAUAAAGCAACAGGAGGGUUUAAAAGAGAUGGCCGUCUUGGAAAAGGAGGUUUUGGAGAAGUCUUUAAAGGAACUAUGCCUCUUGUAGGAGAUAUAGCGGUUAAGAGACUAUCACACGAUGCUGAGCAAGGGAUGAAACAGUUCGUUGCUGAAGUUGUGACGAUGGGAAGUUUACAGCACAAGAACUUGGUUCCUCUUCUAGGGUAUUGCAGGCGAAAAGGCGAGUUGUUGCUGGUCUCCAAGUACAUGGAAGGAGGUAGCGUUGAUCAAUAUUUGUUUCAAGAUGAUAAACCACCUCUUUCGUGGUCUCAAAGACUUGCGAUUUUGAGAGAUAUUGCAUCUGCGCUCUGUUACUUGCAUACGGGAGCUAGUCAAGUUGUUUUGCACCGAGAUAUCAAAGCUUCUAAUGUCAUGCUAAAGGGAAACUUACAAGCGUUUUUAGGAGAUUUUGGGAUGGCUAGGUUUGAUGACCGCGGAGCUAACCUCUCAGCAACGGCAGCUGUUGGAACCAUAGGUUACAUGGCCCUCGAGCUAACAUCAUCAGGAACUUCAACUAGAACCGAUGUGUAUGCAUUUGGUGCAUUCAUGCUUGAAGUAACGUGUGGGAGGAGACCAUUUGAUCCCGAGAUGCCGGUUGAGAAGAGACAUUUGGUCAAAUGGGUUGUUGAAUGCUGGAAAAGGGGCUCUUUAGUUGAUACUAUAGAUAGAAGAUUGGGAGGUAAAUUCAUACCCGGGGAGGUCGAAAUGGUUCUGAAACUCGGCUUGUUCUGUACAAGAAUUGUACCUGAUUCACGACCAUCAAUGGAACAAGUGGUGCAAUACCUAAACAGACACCAAAUGUUGCCUGAUUUAUCUCCAGAUACUCCCGGAAUUGGAGUUUCCACGCCAAUGUUAAUGAGAGUACCUUCCCUGGCAAUUACUUCCACUUCAGGGAUCUCAUCAGCAUCACCACCAUCGGUUUCUUCUUCCCCUGCCAACAACUCAAUGUUCAUUUCUCACACAAUCAUGUAUGGUGAUGGAAGAUGAAAUCUGACAACUCGAUCGCGUGUCUCUUUGUCCUUAAUCUAUAAACUCUGUAUAAUUGUAUUAGUUCUGUUGUAGAGAAAUCUUUAUUUGGGACACAAGUAAUCUAUGUAAAAGGAAGAUGUAUAAAUAUUUCUC